AUGAUCUUCAAUGACAUGGGAUUCGAUUGUGUUGUCCUUCACUCUAUGAUGACUCAGCAGAACCGCUUAGCUGCCCUGGCCAAGUUCAAAUCCAGCCAAGUCCGCAUCCUCAUUGCCACUGAUGUCGCCAGCAGACUUCAGCCACCAGUUCCUCAUACUGAAGCAGCUUUCUUUCACAAGCCUCUUCAAUCCCUUCUUCCCAUGCCACCAUCUGGCCUCAGUCCAGAUACAACACCCUCUAACGGCAGUGUAGCAUCAACCAACACUCUCCACUUCAAUAUAGGCUGGCGUGACCUGGAAAAUGGGCAUGUUUUACAACAUUAUUCCCCAACCUCCUUACAUGUCGUCUUUCUUUCCUUCUUUUUCUUCAUUUAUAACUGCUAUCUGCCCAAUGUCCCUAUCGUUCAUCAUCAAAUGCCUGCAGGCAAUGUAAUGAAGAAAGUCUUCAGAUUUCACUGGCCUUCUUUUGAUCACUUUUCUGUUAGAAAGAAGCAGCUUCUUUCAAUUUUUCCAUUUCUCUUCCAGACCAUUUAG